AUGUCUGAGCCUAGGUACCUGGGCGACCUCUGCAAGUUUGGCAAGACGGAUUGGCGCCGCGCCUUGCGACGCAGGCUGAUUCUCCGUGGCUUCCCGACCGAGGAGGUCAAGUCGUUCGCCCUCAACUUCUGCUUUGUUUACUGUCUGCCCCGCGAGCUGCGGCCCGACCAGCACCUGCAAGAAAACAGCGACAACGAGGUCCAGGACGAGCCCGUGUUCUUCGACGAGGCGGACUUAGAAGCAGCGCGAGCCACGCACGUCCGCGGCGCAGGCAAGCUGGGCUCGGGCGACGCGGGCGACAACGGGGAGGAAGACGGCGAGGUGGAAGACGAAGCCGCGGCCACGCGGCUGUGCGUCAUGACCAAGCAGAUGUUCGACCUGUCUCGGGCCGCCUGGAAGACGGGCGGGACGGCGAGCGCCUUGCCCGGCCCAAGAAGAGCGCAGCCCGGGCCUGCUCGGCCCGAAGACGAGGAGCUGGACCACGACGCUAUCGCCCAGGCCGCCCGCGCGUCGCGGGGCAAGUCCAGGCUGCCGUUGCUCCCGGGCAUCGGCGUGGCCCCGCGGGAUCCCGAAGCGCAACCGCUUGGGCCGCGCCUGACCGCGGACGGGCUGCUUGGCUGGCUCGGCAGCGAGCACGUCCAGAGCGGCUUGAACGCCAAGCAACUGGAGCUGCUGCGGGUGGUGGUGGAGAGGGUUCUGGCUGAGCUAGAGCUGGUGCCGCCGGACCACGAGAUCGCUCUGCGGCGGGCUGAGCCCCUGGCCUGGCUUCUGCACGGCCCACCGGGCACUGGAAAGUCUCACGUCUUGAAGUUCUUGUGGGAGUUGUUCGAGGAGCAACUUGGCUACGCGCAGGGGAUCGACUACGAGGUGGCGCUGCGGGCGGUGGUCCCGUCGGCCAGCCAGUGGAAGCGCGGCGUGGCCGGGGAGUCGCGGCCUUUUGCGGGCGUCAACGUGCUGCUGCUUGGCGACUUCUACCAGCUGCCGCCGCCGAGCGGCGGCUACCUUGCGGACGUGCCCAGCAGCCGGCGGCCGCCGCGGCUGAGCGCGGCCGCCGACGCCGAGCCGGACCUUUUGGCGGACUACGGCAGAAACUUGGUGUGGGGCGGCGCCUUGCAGGGCGUGACGGAGCUGGAGGAGCGCGAGCGCUGCAAGGACAACUGGUGGAACGAGGUCGUGGAUGAGCUGCGGUGCGGCGAGCUGUCGGAGGAGAACUGGCGCUAUCUCCAUGGCAAGCCCGUCGAAGGUUGCCGGCUGACCGCGGCAGAGCGCGAGUCCCGGCGCCGGGUCAUUGCGGGGCCGGGCGACCCGCGCUUGGGAGAAGAGAAGUUCCGGUGGGCGGCGGCCAUUGUUGCCAACAACCACGCCAAAUACCAGAUCAACAAGGACCGCGCCGAGGACUACAGCCGCGCGGCCGAGUCGCCGCUCCGCUGGUCUGUGGCCCUGGACGCGCCGUCCGCCGAGGUUCUGCAGACGCAGGAGUGCGACAAGGCCGCGCGGGUCCGGUGGCUCCAGUAUCACGACCGGGACACCGAGAACCUCUCCGGCAUGCUGCCGCUGGCCGUCGGGAUGUGCGUGGUCUUGGCCGACCACCUCGAUCGCGCCGAGGACAAGCUCCUCCUCCGAGGCAGCGCCGGCCGCAUCCACUCCUGGGUCUGGAAGGAGAACGACCUGCGGCCGACCUGCGUCUAUGUGAAGUUUGACGGGGCAACCUGGCAGCUCGACGGAGCGCCAGAGCCGGGCCUCUACCCCGUCUACUCCGCCCGCAAGGUCUGGAAGCUGGACGCCAAGCGCAAGAAGCCGGUGCUCAAGAUCGCGCGGACGCAGCUGCCGCUGGCCCCGGCCUACGCGAUCACGGCCCACGGCAGCCAGGGCAAGACGCUCCCCGCGGCGCUGGUGGACUUCAACGUGGACAAGCGGACCGACGUGACCUUCGGGACCGUGGCUGCGAGCAGGGUCCGUUCCAGGGAGGACGUCUUGAUCUUGAGGCCCUUCGAGCGCUGGCUCUACACCCGCGGCGCGCCGGAGGGCCCGGCGCUCCUGCUGAAACAACUGCGGGGCGAGGAGGUGGACUGGGAAGCCUUCAGGGAGGCAAAGGCGCCCUCUGCGGCCUGCGAGAAAUGCAAAGAUGUGAAGACGCUGGACUACUUCUCCGACCGCCAGUGGGAGCGAGUCCGAGCCAACCGUUCGGCCAUUUGCCUUGCCUGCGGCCCAAGCAAGGGCGGCCAGAAGACGCUGAAGCGGAAGCUGCCGUCUGGCCUGGCGCGCUUGGACUGCCGCGGGUGUAAGUUCCGGAAGCUAGAGGACGCUUUCCCGCGGGCCCAGCUCCAUCAAGGCGACUCUGAGGCCGCGCGCCGCUGCCUGAAGUGUUUGAAGGAAGUUGACAUUUUGGAGUGCUCCGUCUGCGAAAGCACGAAGCAGAUCUCCGAAUUCAGCAGCGCGAUGGCGACCAUGCCGUGGGCGGCGGUUUGCGCUGAUUGCGCGGCCGACGUGAGAAGGCAGCCUAAGUGGGGCCGCGCCGGUUGGUUCACUUGCCGGACUUGCGACUUAUUCUUUCCGGGAGCCGGCGCUGCGGAGCACGACGUCCUCCCCUCGUCGGCCCGCAGCCAGCGCUGCUUGAAUUGCGCUUCGCGCGGCUCCUGGGCUAAGGGCAAGAGCACAUGCCGCAAAUGCGGCGGCGCGUGGAGCGAGCCACGCGGGCAAGGGAGCGACAAGCGCCAAAGGCUUUGCCCAAAGUGCAGACCGAAAGCAAGUCGCGCGAAGCGCGCGUGA